CCAGGAUGAACAGCGUGUUUCAGGAAGAAGUUGGCGCCUGACCCCGUGUAUGCAGUUAGCUAGCACGCUAACCGAAAGUAUGCAUGAUAGUACACUUCCUUAUUUUUUAUCUUCAACGUUAUAAGAGAAUUCCGAAAUGAACGACGCAGAAGAGUUCAGUGUCCCCCUUUCCUCACUGGCGCUCCUGGUCCCACCACUCCGGCUGAUGUCAGCAGUGAUGUGGGAAGUUGUUCGCCAGCGAAACAUAAAGCACUACGGGAAACUGGAGGAGUUUGUUACCAUGGUAACAGAUGCAGUUCCUGAGCUGAUGAGUAAACGGGAAGGGAGACUACUCUCACUUGGCCUGAGGGCAAGGACAACUCUUGAGCUGUUGCGUUCUGAGCACCCUGAGGAUCUCAAGGCUGUUGAGAGCCACCUGAACCGAAUCCGAACUUCUUGCAUUGAGGAGACAAAUGAUCCUGUCAUUGAGGCACCAGAGGCCAAUUUCAUGAAGCUGGUGCAAGGCCUCAUUGAAGACACGGAUGGCAGAGAACACUUCCUCAAGAAUGUGUUUCCAGUGGAGUAUGGCCCUGAUUUCGACACGGCACUGGAGACUCUGGUUUGUGAGUUUUUCACCAGACUGGAGGAGCUGCUGCCAAUCCCUGAUUUCAAACAGACUGCGUCCUGGAUCAGCGGGGCCCCCUCUGUCCUAGAAGAGUACAUGCAGUGUGUCUCAAAUGGAGACGACCUCAAAUUUCUUCUCCAGAGCAAACAGUGCCAUGGGAAAUUGGCUAAGAGUACAAUUGCUCCGUUUCCGUCAGAUGAUCUUCUCAUUCCCUCUCUGUCUCUUCCUCCAUCGCUUGAAGUGGCCAUCUCUUCCCACCCGAGCGGUUGUGAUGAUGAAAAUAACGACGUUCCUCAGAUUGUCAUGUUCGAUGAAGAACUGUCCACAAACCCUUCCACCUCGACGGACUUUCCCGAGUCCCCAAAAAGGACUGAUAUGUCUCCAUCCCCUCGCAGGAGACAAUCAGGGCUGCACAAAUGUCCCGAGUGUAACAAAUGCUUCAAGCACCACUCCGUUCUCACCGAGCACCAGAGGGUCCACAGUGGGCUGCAGCCUUACAACUGCUCCGAGUGCGGGAGGGCUUUCAGGACAGCCACUCUGCUAGCCGGUCACAGGCUACGGAAAUGCAAAAACGCUGCUUAUCUGUGCAUCAAAUGUGGGAACAGUUUUCCAACCUCACUGGACAAGUUCAGACACCACUGCCCAAAACGGGGCCGUAGCUACGAUUGUGGACACUGCGGCAAGAGUUUUCAAAAGUCUAGCAGCUUGAAGGAACACCUGCUGACUCACGUCCAAAGCCGCCUUUUCAAGUGCAGUCAUUGCGGGGUGGGAUUUUCAGGAAUUGGUGACUUGAAGUAUCACCAACAGGUCGACCAUGACAAGCCUUAUCAGUGUAAGCAAUGUGGGAAGAGCUUCAUCUCCUCCAAGUGUCUGACGAAACAUCAGCAGCGACACGAAGAGGGCGGGGAAAUGGAGAGCGCCAAAUUAAUGAGCGGAGGAAAACACAGGAAGAGUGGCUCAGCUCAUCGGACUUCCUCCUCAUCUAUGUCCUCCAGGAAAUCAGCCUCCAAAUCCGCCUACCCGCGAGGACGAGUCACGCAUAACUGUCCACUGUGUGGAAGGAGCUUUAAGUAUCGUUUCGAAUUUCUCGAGCACCAGAGGUUCCACACCGCGGUGAAGCCUUACAGAUGCUCGCAGUGUGGCAAAGCCUUUCGCACGGAGGCUCACCUCUCCAGGCACAGGAAGAGGAAGUGUAAAAAUGCAUCCCACAUUUGCACCAAGUGUGGGUGUCAGUUCAGGUCUCUCCAUGAGCGGGUCAGACAUCAGUGCGUCCAGCUGCUGACCAAAUAUGAGUGCUCUCAUUGCGGGAAGACCUUCAAGAUGGCCCACCUGCUCAGGAACCAUCAGAUGAGUGAACACCAGCUUCCCUACAGCGCCAACCAUCGCUUCAGGUGCAGGUACUGCGAUGAAACAUUCCCUGGCAUCAGUGAGCUCAAGUACCAUCAGAGGGUCGACCACGAGAAACCCUAUCAGUGUCAGGAGUGUGGAAAGUGUUUCCUGUCUGAGAAAUGCCUGGCUAACCACGAGCUACGUCACAACGACGACCGACCAGAGAGCUGUCUGGUGUGCGGUCGCGGCUUCAGGAACCGCUACGACUUGAAACAGCACAUGCGCACUCACACGGGGGAGCGGCCGUACCAGUGCACUCACUGUUCGCAGUGCUUCUCCACAGCGGGGGGACUACGGAGCCACACCAGGGUUCACACCGGAGAGAAGCCCCAUGUUUGCCCAGAUUGCGGUAAGGCUUUCUCUCAGAUGGGUGCUAUGCGCACACACAGGCUUACGCACACGGGAGAAAGGCCGUUCAAGUGCACAGUGUGCGGCAAAGGUUUCACAAUGGCACACAAGGUGACUGUCCAUAUGCGAGUCCACACAGGAGAGCGGCCCUAUGUGUGCACGCAGUGCGGGAAAGCCUUCUCCGAUGGAAGUGUGCUGAAGCAGCACAUGCUCAACCACUCAGGGGUGAGACCGUACCACUGCCAGAUCUGUCCCAAGACCUACACCUGUCUGAACCACCUGAGGAGGCACCUGAAGAGCCAUUCCAACAUGAACUGAGCAGAGCGUGUUACACAUGCAUAUUCACACACACCGCAUUUGCCAGUUGGACUACUACAGUUACAAUGGACCAACGAAACCAAGCAAUACGUGAAGGGAUAUAGAACGAUGCUGUUGAAAUUGAGGGGAAAUGUUUCCUCUUCACUGUAAAGUAAAUGUAGUCACAUUAACCAAUUGUGAAGGACUUUUCCAGCAUUAAAGGAAUAGUUUGACAUUUUUGGGAAAUCCACUUAAUAAUUAUCGUUGAGAUAAUCACAUGAAAAGAUUGAUACCACUGUUAGACUGCAAACAAAGAUGAAUGACAUUAGGGCUCCCCUUAAGCGAAGCCAAAGCAUCUCCCCAAAUUGCUGUCUAUAAGCCCCACCCCUCCAUGUCACUGAAGUAUAAAGUCAAAAUACACGCCAAAUACAAUUUUCCCAAAGAUGGUUUCUGUCAUUUUGGGUAGUUCUUGCUACAUGAUGUGCAUUCAGGGGUUAGUUUUUCUGAUAAGUCUAUUUUAUUCACUUAUUUGAUGCUAUGAAGAGGAGUGGCAUCACGACAGAUAUCAGGUGCUAACAUAUCAGCGGUGGUUUAUGCUAACAAAUUGUUGCACUGCUCAAUACUGCGCAGAAUCAUGUUCCAAAUGAUAUUUUGGGUUCAGAGACGCUUUGUCUAUAUAUACAUAAACUCUAUGAUGCCAUUCCAGAUAGAGUGGUAUCAAUCUUUUCUAAUGUGGCAAGAAUGCAAAUAAGUGUAUUUUACAAGUUAUCAAACCAUUUCUUUAACAUUAGCACAUGCUCUUUCUUUUCCUCAAUCCCCACCAGACUAUUCGUUAUUUUUAUUUUUUUUGACCAACAGUUUAUUAAGCAUGAAUAUGUUUGGAUAAUAUUCCAGAUGUUGUUUGGGUGAAUGUGCAGAAACUGUAGCAUCGGUGAAAAUAUAUUUUUGAAAAGGCUUCUAAGGCAAUGUUAUGUAAAAUGUUGGCUGUAAAUAUACUAAGAGACAUUUUUGCAAGCCUGAGACGAAAUAAACUAGCAUGUGUCUAGUUUAUUUCAACCUGAAAUAACUUUAUUUCUGUAGGGCUUUUAUCACACCCAAUUAUGGUUUUCAAGUUUUGUGAAGUUCACAUUAAAUUCCCUUGGUUAUA